AUGUCGAACCUUGACCGCAGACUUGGCGGCGUGCGACAGAGUCACGAAAGCCAUAGGAGCAUCUCUUCCGGUUCACGAUUUCCCUUCAAUCAGGGUGGGCAAAACCAUAUCCCUGAUAUCAGCGGACUUCACAUCAGCGAAUUAGAGGACGCCUUCAGCCACCCCAUCUUUUCUGGACAUCGUUCCGCUACUCGUCCUGAGUUCAUGCUACACAGCUUCAAACCAGCCCGUCAUUCGUCGAGGAGCGGCAUCCCCUCCCAACGCCACAUCGAGCACAUACCGCACCAAGGCUUUCAGGCAGGUGACUAUCUCCCUUUCGAUCAUCUUCCAACUGAGCCAGAGGAAGAUAUGUACGACCUAGGAUCUGUACUGUAUAGCUACUUCCCUGAGGAGUUCGAUCCCAACCCCGUAGCAGAAGACAGGGUGCCCACAGAGAGGAGCGAACGACGUAUCAACCACUUCAUCGCACAGCACACCGAACCCCUCACUGCCGCCAAUACAACCAGCACGACAAACACAGACUGUCCCAUCUGUAUGGAAGACGCUACCGCUCACGACUGCGUCAAGAUCAAGGGAAUUGUAGGCUGUGAACACAUGAUCGGCCAAAAUUGUCUCAAGGAGUUUCUAAGUCGACAGUGGAAUAGGGAUAAGACAUGUCCUCUCUGUCGAGCUGUUUGGCUUGGAAAUGGCGUAUGGGAAGAUGUAGCGGCGCAGUCGGAUGGACCAACUGGUCGCCAAGGUGCUUCUUUUGGUCAUGGUAAUCGUAAUCGUCGGGAACGCGGCAUGGAUCGCGUGAGAGGGUUAUUGCGUAGUGCGCGCGGUCAGCAGCGGAGGCGCAACAACUGA